CGAUGAGGUAAAUGACUAAAGACUUUUUUUAUCAGAUAAGCAAACACUCGUACAGGGUAAACUUAAUCAUGCGUCGUGAUCUCGUGAGUGGGUCGAGUUGGCCCGUAAUACUAGAUUAUGACAUUUUUAAUAUUUUUUAUUUUUUUUUUUUUUUUUUUGACACAAGAUUAUGACAUAGAUAUAGUUUUAGCGUUUACAUUUCAUGGUCAAAGUUUAAUCAAAUUAUAUUACCCGAGCAUCGAUAGAAGGUAAACUAACCAUGGGUCGUGGGUGGACCGACUUGGCCCGUAUUACUAGAUUAUUACUUUAUAGAGAAUAUCACAAUUUCAGAAAGGAACUUCAAACUCAGAUCCUCUCUUCUGUGACUCUAAUUAGCGUCUUCUCUAAACCGCCCCUUAUUAUUUAAAAUCCUCCGUUCAAUCAAUUUUACAUCAAUCGACCGACUUUCAAACCCUAAUUUUUCCACAAAUUUAUUCUCCCGCCAUUAAUCCCUAAUUAUUCAGCUUUCAAAUUCCUCCCUAUUUCGUACAAUUUCGAGAAUUCAAUCGCAAUAACACUACAGUGAAUCUCAUCAUCGUCUGUUGUAAGCUCAAUAACAAUUCCACUAGGUUAUUUCCUUGCUAAUUUAUGUUAUAAAUUUGGGAAAUUUCGAGUUUUGAUUUACAUUAUCAUUGAUUUUUUGAAGUUAUAGUUAUAUAAAUGAUCUGGUUGCCAUUGAAAUUGAAGAAAAAUUUGAAUUUUAGGUCACUAUUACUGAAAUUAGUGAUUAGUUUGGUUGUUUGAGAGGAGAGAGAAAGGGGUGGAGAUUGAUUGAGCAAUGUCGUUUGGAUUCGGGAAGAAUUCAGGGCCGAUUGCUCCACCAAGUGGGCCAACCUCUUUCGGGUCCUUCUCUCGUCCUCAGUCGCCGACUUCGUCUCCUCCUCCCUUUCCGGACACCGGUUUCUCUGCCGGUCCCGGUCCACGAUUCCCGAGCCCCCGGACGUUUGAUGCUCAUACUAGAACACGACCACCUUCUCUUAUCGAUAAUGGCCAUAAUGCUCGUCUAGUAACAAGUCCGUCUCAACCAUAUGCUGCACCAGCUAGAGCUCCUUUGUUGCAUAGGGGUGAUAAGCAAAUCCCAUUAGCUGGAGAUUUUGGUAACCAAAGUAAUAAGAGACCUUUUCCAUCUACUCCGCAAGAUCUUGGAACAACCACGUCUUCUAAGUUUCCACACUUUCAAAAUCCGGAAAGGUCCAGAACACCUCCUAUUCGAUAUGAUGAUGAUUUUCUGCAAGAUCCUGCUAGCAAUAUCAUGGAACGCAAUGCAGAUGUUUCCUCUGAUUAUCAUGACCGUGUAACUACACAGAGAAGGCAGUCACCUUCUUCAACUAUUGCUGCAAGUCCUUCAAUAAUCCAUCCCCAACCUUCUUGGAGUAAUUCUCAAAGACCUGUUACAUCUUCUCAAACUUGGGGUGUCCCUGGAAGACCUGUUGGCCGCACCACUAGCUCACAAAAUGAAAGAAGCAUUUCCCCUACAAAAAAUGUUAAUACUUGGAGUUCAAAAGAACUGUCUCCUGAGGAUGAUUUUCAGAGGAAUUCUUAUGUUCACCGAGAAGUUUCUAGAAGGCCCUCUUUGUCUCCUCCUAAGUCAAGGAUUGGAAUGAGUAGUGGUCAACUACCCGAUUCACAAUAUAAUCACCAACUAUCGCCAUCUGUUGAUAGAAUGAAUGGCGAUACUUAUAUGACCAAGCCUGCGAGCCACUCUGUUUCUAAGCGAACUAGAUCACCUAGCUCUUCUGCUGGUCAAAUUAUUCAAAUGAACUCCAAUCCUACUGAAGAUGAUACUGAUAGAGAAGAACAAGCCAAGGCAAAGCGAUUGGCUCGCUUUAAGACUGAGCAUGACAUAGUUGAAAGUGAACGGGGUGACACAAUUCAACGUGGUCAAAAUGUCACUAAGGGAAAAGUUCCUUCAAUAACUGAUCGUUCUGUUGUGGAAAAACAAAAAUCUUUGGGAGACUUACCUUCAGGAUCAUUGGAAAACCAGGAUAUUGAUAAUGAAGACUUGCUAUCAAGCAGUGCUAUUGUGGGGUUGUGUACUGAUAUGUGUCCAGAAUCAGAGAGGGGUGAACGAGAACGGAAAGGAGAUCUUGAUCAAUAUGAGAGAUUGGACGGGGAUAGAAAUCAAACUACUGAGACACUCGCUGUUAAGAAGUAUAAUAGAACUGCUGAAAGGGAAGCAGAGUUGAUUCGCCCCUUGCCAAUAUUGGAAAAGACAAUGGAUUAUCUUCUAGGGUUGCUAGAUCAACCUUAUGAUGAUAGAUUCCUUCGCUUGUACAAUUUCAUGUGGGAUAGGAUGAGAGCAAUACGAAUGGACCUGAGAAUGCAACAUAUCUUUAAUGAAAGGGCCAUAACUAUGCUGGAGCAAAUGAUCCGGCUUCAUAUACUAGCUAUGCAUGAAUUGUGCGAAUUCUCAAAAGGAGAAGGCUUUUCUGAAGGAUUUGAUGCUCACCUCAAUAUUGAACAGAUGAACAAAACAUCUGUAGAAUUAUUUCAGAUGUAUGAUGAUCACAGGAAGAGAGGAAUCUUUAUUCCUACUGAAAAGGAAUUUCGUGGUUAUUAUGCUCUCCUUAAACUGGACAAACAUCCCGGUUACAAAGUAGAACCUUCAGAGCUCUCACUUGAUCUUGCUAAUAUGACGGUUGAGAUAAGGCAAACACUAGAUGUUCUAUUUGCACGUGAUGUUGCGAGAUCCUGUAGAACUGCCAAUUUUGUAGCUUUCUUCCGGCAUGCAAGGAAAGCAAGCUAUCUUCAAGCAUGUCUAAUGCAUGCUCACUUCUCAAAGUUGAGGACACAGGCUCUUGCUUCUCUACACUCUGGUCUGCAGAAUAAUCAAGGUAUCCCUGUGGCACAAGUUGCCAAGUGGCUUGGCAUGGAGGGUGAGGACAUUGAGAGCCUCUUGGAGUAUCACGGAUUCUUAAUUAAGGAAUUCGAAGAGCCGUAUAUGGUGAAGGAAGGUCCAUUUCUGAAUGAUGAUAAAGAUUAUCCCACUCGGUGUUCAACACUUGUUCACAGAAAGAAAUCUGAUACCAUUGUUAAGGAUGUAUUAUCUUCACAUCAAGUAACACUGUUGCCAUCUGAGCCUAGAAAGGAGCUUCAGUCAGACAAGCAGAGAAAGAAUAACCAUGCAGCAGUGAAACCUUUACAAACAAGGAUUCCUCUUGUUUCUGAUGAUGGACUGAUGGACAUUGAAGCUGUUUCAUCACCAAUACGUAACAUACAAGACCAACCAAGUCUUGAAAUAUCAACAAACAUGAUAUCACGUGAUAUUCAAUCUUUCAUGGAUCCCCGUCACAUGGUUUCUGCAAAAUCUCCGAAAGAAAACAUUGACACUUUUGCAAGUUUUCAAAGUAAUAGCAUGCUGAAUCAGCCUUCUCCAUUAUCCCCAAGACAUGGCUCUUUUAUUGCCGAUGCUGGUCAAUUGAGCUUUAAGGAACCUCCAAAGAGUUUCCCUGUACAACCAUUUGUUCCAGUUGCCAACUCAUCCAAUUUUGUAUGGACAAGGCAGGAUAACUUCAUAGAACCUGUAAAAAGUUCUCUGGAGGUUGUGGUUCAAUCUGAACCCAAAUCAGUACGACCAGAAGUGGUGCCUGCUUAUGUUGUAAAAGUGCCAACACCUGUUUCUGAAACCGAUUCUAGUGUUGUGAGCUCAAUACAAGAUAAUGUGUCCAUGAAAGAAAUGCCAAGCGAAGAAUUGUAUGAUAUGCAGCAGAAAGUUGAUGUUGAUAUUGUUGAAAACUACGACGAAGAAGUUGCUGAGGCUAAGCUUAGGCUGUUGCUAAGACUAUGGAGAAGGCGCUCUGUUAGGAAGAAAUUUAUCCGUGAACAGAACAGAUUAGCUGCAAAUGUUGCUUUAAGUUCACUCUCUCUCGGGCCACCAAUUUGGCAAAACCAAGAUAAGCCUACACCUUGCCAGAAGUUAAACAUUGAUCAAGCUAUGAAUGAAAGAUACGAAAAGAGCCAGCUGUCUUUGGUGAGAUGGAAUGUCUCUGACCUUGUGGCGAGUAAGCUGGCGGAAAAAAAUGAAAAUGUGAAUUGCAUAUGUUGGAAGGUAAUCUCGUUCUCUUGGUUGCAACAUGGAAUGGAAGCAAGGAGUCCUGUAUCACAUUUGUCACUAGAUGAAUGGUUGCGUUACAAGCUGAUUCCUGCCAGAAAAGAGGAAUCAGUGGAGAAUUUGGUCAUUUCAGCUCCAGGGUUGUCAGUUUGGAGGAAGUGGGAUUCUGAUGAGUCUGGUGACUUAAGGUGCUGCUUAUCUGUCGUCAAGGAAACACAGCCUGGUGCUUUCGAGAAAAAUUUAGUUGGAGUUAAUGCUAUACUGUUUCCCAUAUCAGAGACUCUCCCAUGGGACACUCAAAAGGCUCAGCUUAACAAUCUCGUGACAUUACUACCUGCUGGUGCUUGCAUUCCUCUUUUGAUUACAAGUGGUUCUGGCGAAGCUAACUUUGCAGAAGUUUCCUGCAGUAUAGUUGAUAAUCUUGGGCUUGAAGACCUUGAUAAGUCACGGGUCAGCAAUUUUAUGGUAUUUCGCCUAAUUGAGGAGGGUCAGGGGCAGUUUCAUGGUUUUUUUAGCGAUCAAAAGUUAAAGGAGGGGCUGAUGUGGUUAGCCUCUGAAUCACACUCACAACUUGGUCUUUUUUGUGUAACAAUACGUGAGGUGGUUUCCUUUCAUCUGAACUCAUGCUUGGAUGCGCUCGACCUUAUGGGUGAUAAAGUAGGUCCAUACCAGUGUAUCUCAGCCUUUAAUCAAGCUUUGGAUCAAUCGAUUAAUAAUAUUACUACUGCUGCUAACAUGAAUCCAACUGGGUGGCCUUGCCCUGAAUUGUCAUUGUUGGAUGAUGCUACUGCUGAGUUUAAAGCCAUGAAGCAGUUCUUGCCAACUUUGGGAUGGAGCUCACCUGAAGAAGUAGAGCCGUUAAUAUCUGCAUUAAGAAAUUGCAUGCUGCCACCUUUUCCUGAUGACUUAUCUUGGCUGAGCAGAGGCUGCAGUAGUGAAAAGGAUAUUGAAGAUCAAAAUCAUUUUCUUCAAGACUGUUUGAUCAGAUACUUCACACAAUCAGUUAAUAUGUUGAAUUUAAUGAUGGCAACUAAAGAAGCUCUUUUGAUGGUUCAAAAAUACACUAGACUUGAGCUUCAUGACACAGAAUACAAGGUGGUCCCAAAUUGGGUGCUCAUUUUCCGACGAGUAUUUAACUGGUAUAUAAACAGUUCAGCGAGUUUCUCAUGUAAAGCUUACAUUCUCGAAGAAUCUUUAUCAGCCGGUAGUCCUCUGUUUUUUGACAAGUUGGAACUUGAAGUUCCUAAAUCUCACUACAUUACUCAUCCCUCGUUGGAUGAGAUGGUCGAGGUCAGUUGCAGCCCAAUUGUUUCCAAAAGAAUAAGAUCUUCCCCCAAGGCUCUUCAAAAAGUGGCAGCAAUAGCUUCUAGUGAGAAUACUUUUGGGAUUACUGUGCCUGAUCUGGAGGAAGAGAGAAACCACUGCUCAGAUAUUCACACUGUUGAAUACUCUGAUAUCUAUCCGAGAAAAAAUAAUACACCCUUGGUUCUUGAAGAUGAAAAGAGAGCUGAUAGGCUGAGCCAAUUGCUAGAUCAGUGUAAUGUUUUGCAGGAUGAUAUUGAGAAGAAGUUGUCAAUUUACUUCUGAUUCCGUCUAUUCCGUGUAACAUGUUCAGACAUCCUGUAACAUAAUGUAUCAUUAGAGCUAUUUCAGAGGGUUAUAAAUUAGAGCUUUUGCAGCUUCACCGGGUUUUUCAAGUGUGAAGCAGCCUUUGUACAAAGAUUGAUGAAUUGAUAAGAUAAUCUCAAUAUCAUAAUAGAAAGUCAAUUUUUGAUACUCUGCUGUAUUAGAAUUAUGACUAAUUCAUCAGUUCACUUUUACAGUACUUUGCUUGAACUGUUGGUCCAAAUUUUUUCUUCUUUCUGCUAGUCUGUUUCAUAGAAAUAGAAUUAAUUGAACCCCCAAACUUUUGCAGCUAAUUAUAAUAAAUUGCCAACUCGCUGUAAACAAGAAAAAUCUACCUCAAAAUUACAAAUCUAUCAUACUA